ACACACUCCUGCAAGACCGCUGCAAGACCUCUGAAAGACCACUGAAAGACCGCUGCAAGACUCCUGCAAGACUCCUGCAAGACCUCUGCAAGACCACUGCAAGACCACUGCAAGACCGCUGCAAGACCAUUGCAAGACCACUGCAAGACCGCUUCAAGACCACUGCAAGACCACUGCAAGACCGCUGCAAGACCUCUGCAAGACCACUGCAAGACCGCUGCAAAACCGCUGCAAGAACACUGCAAGACCACUGCAAGACCUCUGCAAGACCUCCACAGCCAUGAAGUACCUGGUGGUUGUAGUCCUGUCUCUGUCUCUGACUGGAGGAGGCUGUAUCUCAGUAGAUCCAGACCUUCUGAUUGAGAUCCACAACACCAACAACUUGUCCGGAGGCCCCAGCGGGGACACUUCUGUCCCCAAGAAUGAACCUGCCAGAUACAACGUCCAGAGCUGCAAACAACUCAAAGACAAAUACAACAUCAAGGAUGAUGGGAUAUACUACCUGACCACGGCUAGCGGGACUGAGUACCAGACCUUCUGUGACAUGACCACGGCGGGCGGCGGCUGGACACUUGUGGCAAGCGUGCACGAGAACAACAUGUAUGGGAAGUGCACGGCAGGCGACCGCUGGACCAGCCAGCAGGGGAAUAACAUCAACUACCCAGGAGGAGACGGGAACUGGGAGAACACUGCCACCUUUGGGACAGCAGAGGGCGCCACCUCUGACGACUUCAAGAACCCAGGGUACUAUGACAUCAUGGCGGAGGACAUGUCUGUGUGGCAUGUUCCUAACAGAGCUCAGCUGCAGACCUGGAGAAUCACCUCUAUCCUCCGUUACCACACUGAAGCCAAGUUCCUAGCCCAGUACGGAGGAAACCUCCACGGACUGUUCAAGCAUUAUCCAGUGAGGUAUGGAGUAGGAAAUUGCAACGACAAGGGACCUUCUAUUCCAGUGGAGUAUGAUCUGGGAACUAAGGACACCACCAAACUGUUCUAUGGUCCUUCGCCCAGAGGUGAGUUUGAGCCUGGCUUCAUCACUUUCCGAGCGAUAAACGCUGAACGUGCAGCCUUGGCCAUCUGCUCUGGGGUCAAACCCACUGGCUGCAACAAUGAACACUACUGUAUUGGAGGAGGAGGACACUUCCCUGAGGCUGAUCCUAAACAGUGUGGUGACUUCUCCUCCUUUGACUGGGACGGCUACGGGACCAACACAGGCUAUAGCUCAUCCAAGGAGAUCACCGAAGCAGCCGUGCUGCUCUUCUACCGCUGAGAUCCUCAACAGCUUCAUUCUAGGAAGCCUUUGAUUGGCUAACUAGAUCAUUCAUAUUUCUAGCGUAGGAAUCAUCAUUUCACAAAGCUGUUUGGGGAAGAGGGUGAUAUGGGAGGUAACAGUGAUUAUUGGCCACUAGGAGAGUUGAUGAAAGAACAGACAGAGGUUAGAACUAUACUGAUGUUACACCAACAACUGUGACUUUCAUGUCUUGAUAUUGUCUUCGUUCCCUUGUCUCUGUCUGUCUCUUCCUCUUGUCUUUGUCUCUUUCUGAAAGACUGAGCUACUAUCAAUCAAAUUAAUACAUUUACAGCAAGUGAAAAGGUCCAUGCUUCAUUUAGUCAAACUUCCUUUAAUGGACUCUGAAUAAGUUACUAUGCACACUCAACAAAUGGUAUAUUAUUUAAUAGUGUAGAUUAUUUUAGUGUUAUUGUUAUUAUUAUUUUUAUUAUUAUUGUUAUUCAUAUUAUUUGUAUUAUUUGUAAUAUAAUUAUUGUUAGUAGUAUUAUUAUUAGUAGUAGUAUUAGAAUUAUUAGUAGCGUCUUGACAAGAAACACAGAAACAAGAACCCAAGGGAGUGCCAGAUAAAGGGGAGGUAAUGAGUGAGGUAAUGGAGUCCAGGUGAUGAAGCGCAGGUGUGUGGAAUGAUGGUUGCCAGGUGUGUGGAAUGAUGGUUGCCAGGUGUGUGUAGUGAUGGUUGCCAGGUGUGUGUAAUGAUGGUUGCCAGGUGUGUGUAAUGAUGGUUGCCAGGUGUGUGUAAUGAUGGUUGCCAGGACCAGUGGUUAGUAAAACCGGCGACGUCGAACACCGGAGGGGAGGAGCAGGAGUAGAUGUGACAAGAAGCUAAUAUUGGCUGCGUAAUUAUUAUUAUUAAUAUUAUUAUUAUUAUUAUAUUAUUAUUAGUAUUAUUA